AUGACGACCAAUUACAGAGCGCUAAAGACAGCGGUGGACUACGAAUACGGGUAUAUGAUGAAACAAGGGAUCGGAGAAGAAAAGACUUGGAGAGCAAAGAAGGACCACCCAUUUGACGACCAUGCAGGGAAAAAAAAAUCGGAACAAAAUAACACCUCGUUGAAUAACCCCCCUUCGAGGUGCUUCCAUUUUGAGAAUGGAAGUGCCAAAUUGGUGGAAGCGAAAAAUCGGUGGGACAAAAAUGACCGCAAAGGUGGGCACUCUAAGGAUGAGCUAACAGCGGCACAGGGAACUGCAACAGAUGGCGAAAUUUUAUUUAAAAAAAAAAACAAAAGCUACAAAGAUGAAACAUUAGGGAAUUCUAUGAAGGAAGACAACACAGUCACCCCGUCCAAUAGGAAGAAGCGCCAUUGGAUAAACGGACCGAAUGAAAAGAGUCAACAUAGUGAACAAAAUUUGAAGAGGAAAAAAAUAAAUGAAAUUAUAAAUAAGUAUAGGAAAAAUAUGACAUUAUUGCAUGGGAGAACAAGUAGUGAAGACUCAGUUAACCGUGAUGGAGUCAAUUCAAAGGAAGAUGGGUGCAACUCCCAUUUUGAUGGUACCGACAAUUUGAGGUGGAAUAAUCAUGUCCAUUGUAUCCACGCAGAUCAGGCAACUAAUCUGAAGGGGGAAAAGAAUCCCCUAGAUGGUAAAAAGAGCCAAAUAUAUGAUAAGCACAAUCGUGAGAACCACCAGUGGGAUACGUUAAGGUCUCUUCAAAGGGGACAUAAAGAAAUGAAAGAGAGUUCAGCUCAGGACAUUGCUGAAACUCGAGAAGGAGAAGGAAGUGUGAACUGGUUAAAAGAGAACAUGUCGAAAAAGAAUUCGGAACUAACAAAAAGUGGUGAACAUGGCGAGCGAAGUUAUAUGAGCAAAUAUCCCCUCCUUUUGGAACAACGAAAGAAGGAAUACUAUUAUGGUAGCUCCGAAAGUUUGAUAACUCGGAAAAAUUAUGGCAUUAGUUUGGGUUAUAAAGACCAAGAUUGUCAAGGGGAGAGCAAAAAUAAUUCAAAGUUUCCAUCCCUUUUGAACGAAAGGAAAAAGGAAGAAAUGGAAGGGGCAGAACCUCCUAUUAAACUGCAUCCACCCAAUGGAGCAAAUAACCUUUUGCCCAGUUAUAAUCUACCCAAGGUGUAUUUCUCCUCCGAAGGGGAAAAGAAGAAUAGUGCACUGGACACCCAUGGGGGUCUCUCCUACGGGGGGAGGGACCUUCAAAAGGGUAAAAGCAGCGAUGACACAAGUCGGGGUGAUACGAACUGGGGUGACACCCACCUGUGUGACGAUGACCCCACCUCGAAUAGUUAUGAUGCACCUGUCGGUGCGGAAAAAAGCAACUCUUUAAAUUUUGAGAAGUCCGCCGCUAUUCAGGGCAGCCUAAUUAAAGGCGCAACCAAAGGGACCGCCACGGGUAGAUUUUCCCAGUUUAGUAAACAUUUUAACCAGAUCACAUUCACGGAUGAUGAAAAAAGGAUCAGAGAAAGAUUCGAGCAAGUCAAACAAAUGGAAAAGACGAUCGAUUUUGAGGAAGGCGUAUUCGAUGAGAAAGAGAAGGGAGAUGAUCAGCAGAAUGAAGGAAGGAAAGAAUCACACCAUGUGGGCAAGUCCCUGGGCGAAGCAGAUAACGCAAAGGGAUGUAGCGGAGGUGGAGAGGGUAGCCGAAAAGGUUGGAAGGAACAGAGAGAGGAUAAGACAAAUGGGGAAAACAAAUUUGGUGAAAAUAAAAUUGGUGAAAAUAAAAUUGGUGAAAAUAAAAUUGGUGAAAAUAAAAUUGGUGAAAAUAAAAUUGGUGAGAAAAAUUUCCCACUGGGGGGUAAAGAAGCGUCAAGAGGUGCUGCUACUAAAGAGCGGACAUCAAAGAGGGAGACCAAGUUAAGGUACACUUUCCAAGUUGGGGAGAACAAACCUCAAGGAAAGAAAGAAGAACAUCGACCAGAGGAGGGGAAAAAUUCGUACCUUCACCAGGGCGACACAGAUGAGUAUCCACGUGAGGAAAAAAACAUACGAAACUUCAACAACCAGGGGAAAUACGAAACGGUUAAGGCGAACCGUCCUAGUGAACAACACAUCCAUGUUGGUGAUAAGCCAUCCCCAUGGACGGUGGAAAGUAAAGAUAGGGACCUCUCUCUUUACGAUAAGAUUAAACAUUCUGUCCUAAGUAAAGGAGAAAAGGAUCCUCAAUGGAAAAAAGGAGAGGAAGUAAACAUUCGCCACGUGGAACCCAUUUCGAAUUACAGCCGAAAUGAGCUUAAAUUCGAACAGAGUAAAAAAUGGGAUGACUUGAGGGAGAAAUAUCUAGACCUGAAAAGAAGACAUGUCAGUGGGUCGAAUGGAGAAAGGAAAAAAGGAGAAGAAGAUGGUUACGCUUUGAGGGAAGAGAAGGAAAAAGGCGCCUGGAUGUCGACCCAGGGAAAGGAGAAACAGUCUAACUUGUCGGUCGGAGGAAAAACGAGCAUGGGGGGAAGUCUGGCAUCAAGAAAUGGAGUGGUGCCCCAUUUGGUUGAAGCGGCUCCUCAUUUGGUUGAGUCGACCCGCCAUUUGGAUCAAUCGCUUAGGAAAAAGGUAGACCCAAGAAGCGAAAAAAGGGCAGAAGUCGAAAAGGCGAAGGGGAAACACACCAACUCGCACAUCCAUGCGUUAAGUAACGAUAACACAGGAGAGUAUAGGAGGAAUGGUUUACCAGCUCGUAGCGAAGAUAAUGGAAAUAGGAUAGGCCACCGCAAGCCAAAUUGGCAGAACGAGGAGAGGGCGUGCACAGAGAAGAAUUCCAAUCAGGCAAUUUCAGAACGGAUGAAAAGCGGCAAAGAUAAAAACUUCGUAAGUGGAGACCUCCGUAACAACUAUGCCCGUAGCCCAGCCCGUCAGGGAAGUAGCGGAAAGAGUGGGGAAGCAGACAAAGGUUGGAAAGAAGACAAAGGUUGGAAAACAGACAAAGAUUGCAAAAUAGAUAAAGGUUGGAAAGUUUCCUCCACCAAGGUGCAAAAAAGGGGAGAAAGUCAACUUGAGGUGUCCAUGAGAACAGAAGGCAAUAAAAAGGAGAAGGAGAAUUCUGCACAUAUCCGUAUGGUCAACACAAAGGACACGAUCGAUGAGCAGGACAAAGGAGGGACACACCCCAGUGAGGAUCACAUUUUAAAAAAGUAUCGUCAUUUUUUGAGGAAGUCACCCCCACGUAGGAGUCCCUACGUAGAAGCCAAUAAAGUGAGCGGGUACCCAAACCAACUUCUUCACGAAAGUGAAGAGUUAAAAAGAAAGGGAAAAACAAACCUACCUGUGAAUACCCUAAGGGGGGAGACCAACCACAGUGGUGAAUUCACGAAACCAACAGAUCUGGUAAAGAAGAAACUUCCCAUGGUGAAAGGAAUGUCACGCGAGAAGUACGUGGAAAGGAUAAGCAAACUGAAUCCUGAGACGAAGGAAACAAUUAACGUAGGAGUAAAGACCAAAGCGAAGAAUCCACUCUUCUAUUCGACGAAUUCCCAAACCGAUAUGCACAGAAAGAACAUCGUUGAAACUAUUCCGAAUGAUCUGCACAUGUCGAAUAUAGACAGCCUAGAGGAAAUAAAAAAAAAAUAUGAAAAUGUGAUUAAAAGAGUUAAGGAAAAUCUUUCUAGGGACAAGAACUAUUCGAAGUUGAAUUACUCCAAGCUGAACAGCUCCCAAUUGAACUACUCCAAGUUGCACGGAGAGGGAAAAAGAAGCAACUCGAAUGAAAGGAUAAAAGAAAAUUUAGACAUGAUUAAAGAACACUUUAAUCAAGAAAAGAUGAAAAUCGAUGAAGAGAAUAGAAUGAGGCAUGAAAUUAACAUGAAGAGGAAGUUGUACGAGUUAAAGAUUAGGAAAGACUUUGAGGAGAAAAUUAGAAUUCGCAGGGAGAUGCACGAAAGGAAGGUAAUGGAAGAAAAUCCCAGUGGAGAGCCAGACAACGUUCGCGUGGUGGAGAAGAACCCUCGCGAGGAAGACAUCCAUGUGGACAAAGCGGAGAAUGGUGCACGUGAGGAUCAACACGGAGGUGCAGCAAAAGGCAAGAAGGUGCAAUACGGGAAGGCGGAACAACGGGAGAAUCAGAAAGAGGCGACAAAAUCGGGAAAGACCAAACAGAAGAAAAACAUCUUUGAAGAUUACUCCAGCGAUGGAAGCUAUUACAAAUACAUGUACAGAAAUCUUUAUGAAGAGACAUGGAACAAUAAAAUGAAAAGCCAGUACCACGAUGUGGGGGAUAAUUUUUACCUUCAAGAUUGCUCAGAUCAUUUUUUCCUCAAUGCGAAGGCACGCCCUUCAGUUGCCGAUUCUCUUUCGAACAGUUUUGAUAAUGAGUUAAUAUCACUGAGUAGAAUAAAGUUUGAUGAUUUCGACUACAAUUAUUUGAACGAGAUUAACAGAUCUGCGUCGAAGAAAAAGGAAGCCCCUCCCCUUUCACUCGGUGCACGUCAUUCACACCAUUCGCGCCAUCAACGCCAUUCACGCGGUUCGUCGCAGGGGGAAGAGGAAAUGCGAAGAAAUCCCAAUUUGUUGAAGCCGAAGGUCAUAUUGACCGACAGCGAAGGGAGCCCCAGAAAAAAAGGCGCACAAGGGAAUACACAUGCGAAUGGUAGAGACAAGAACGAAAGUAGCUUUAGCGAUUCGUCUUUAAUCAAAAGGAGAGCGAGACCUGGGAGAAGAAAAGGCCCCGACUACUCGCGCAUCCCGCCGGACACCAGUGCAUACAAACAAAACGACAGCGAGAAUAUUCUGAACAAGCUGCUGCUGAUAAAGCGCCAGAAUAGGGCGCGCGCGGAGCAGCCGCGUGAAGAGGAGAUUGAAGCAGACGAGGGAAUCGAAGCAGACGAGGGAAUCGAAGCAGACGAGGAGAUUGAAGCAGACGAGGAGAUUGAAGCAGACGAGGAGAUUGAAGCAGACGAGGAGAUAGAACCAGAUGGAAAGACUGAAGCAGAGGAAGCUAUCGAAUCAGAUGGCGAAACUGAAAUGGAUGAGGAACCCCCCUUGGAGGAAGAAAACAAAAUCGGUGUGGACGAAGUCACCCUGCAGAAUGACGCACCUGAAGAGGAAAAUGCCCAUCUUGUCAAAAAGAACCAGACACGAAACAAACCAAGCUGCAGCAAUGGUAAUAACACGGGGGGAGGUAACCCCGCCGUGCAGAAGAACAGCAACCCAGGGGAAGAACACUCGACGGAGAUAAAAGAAUCCAAUUUGAGAGAAACGGAUGUGGAAAAAAAAAAAAAGAAAGAAAGAAAGGUAAACGAAUGGAGAGAUAAAAACAGGCACAACAACCAUUCGAAUAGUUUAGAGAAGGAUCAACAAAAUAAAAUGCCAAAUAAAUCGAAUGGAAGUGACGCAAGUGACGAAAGUGACAAAAGCGAAGACGAUGAAAACCAUCUGAAGCGUUCUUUAGCGUCAUCGGAUAACGGAAUUCCCAAAAUUAACAUACUAAACAAUAGGGAAAAUUAUAUUCCUCUAGACGUUGCUCUUAACUUCGUUAUAGACAAUGAGAAACUAAAAAAAACGAACGUGCAGAAGGAACACAAGGGAAGCCAAAAGAAGAAGACCUUCGUGCAGUGGCUCAUGGACGAGCGCAAGAAACGACUAAAGAACAAUUUGCCCAUCGAUAUUUGA